AUGUUUCAUCCAGCACUGAAAAAUUAUACUCAGUCCACCAAGGACGAAAAGGGGAAAAGCCCCGCCCGGCCCGCGCCCCAGGUCACCUACGCAGAAUGCAGUCCUGGGGCCUUCACCUGGGUCGCUGAGCCGUGGAGGGCGCGAUCGAUGCCAGGCGACGGCUCCUGCACCGCCGGAGUCGGGACGCGUGAAAGCAACUUGGAGGAGACGCUUCGAACCCACGGCGGCCGUCGCGGCCGCACCGACUUGCGGGGAGUAUCAAACGAAGACGGCGGCCGCUGCACGAGCCACCACGUGAGGAGGAUACCCGACCGGCACGGCCGUCGCGGUGGCAAGUCAGAGAAAGACAGGGAAAGGAUCAGUAAAGACGGCGAGCACCGCCGCAGGGCCUGCGCGGGAAGAGUAAGUGAAGACCUGGGGCACCGCCGCAGUGUCUCUCGGGAGACAGUUAGGAGAGAGAGUGGCCGCCACCACAGCAGCUCUCGGGAGAGAGAGAGAGAAAAUCCGGACUUCCGCAGCAGCGACGUGAAUUUAAGAGUAAGUCAAGUCCGCGACUAUCAAACUAGCGACUCGGUGGGAACAGUGAGAGAAGACCGCGGCCUCCGCCUCAGCGGUACUUGGAAGGAAGUGAGUGAAGCCCAGAGCCCCCGAACCAGCGACUCUGGGGAGUCAGUCAGCGACGACCACAGCCGCCGUCUCAGUGGCUCUUGGGAGGCAGGGAGUGUUGAUGCCGGCCCCAGCCUCGGUAGCUCUUGGGAAGGAAUAAGCGAAGACCGUAGCUAUGCGGCUAGCGACUCGGUGGUGACCAUAGGCGAAGACUUCGGUCGCCGCCUCAGUCGUUCCUGGGAGAGAGAAAGUGAAGACGAAAGUUCCCACCACAGGUGCUCCUGGGAGAGAGCAGGAGAGGACCGCGGGCCCGGUCCACGCGGCGACGACGACGGAGAUGGCCGCUGCCACUCCAGUGGCUCGUGGGUGAGAGCAAGUGAAGACCGCUGCAGCAGCAGGGGCCUAGAUUCACCUCCUCCCCAGAGCCCAGGGGGUUGCACCAUGCCCGGGGUGUCUGAUUCAGGCCCCUCCAGCUCCUCUCCGAUGACUGCAAACCCGGGUGUCAGGAAGAAGGUGCAUUUUGGUAGCAUACAUGAUGCAGUACGAGCUGGAGAUGUAAAGCGGCUUUCAGCAAUAGUGGAACAUGGAGCCAGCAUUAAUGAAGUUGAUGCUGUCCAUAAAUUUACCCCUUUACAUUGGGCAGCACAUUCUGGAAGCUUGGAGUGUCUUCAUUGGCUGCUCUGGCAUGGAGCCAAUAUCACAGAAGUAACUACGAGAGGUUGGACAGCAGCUCACAUAGCUGCAAUCAGGGGUCAGGAUGCUUGUAUGCAGGCUCUUAUAAUCAACGGAGCAAAUUUGUCAGCUCAGGAUGACCGUGGAUGCAAUCCUUUACAUCUUGCUGCAACUCAUGGACAUUCUUUCACUUUACAAAUAGUGCUCCGAAAUGGAGUGGAUCCUAGUGUGGCUGAUAAGAGAGAAUGGAGACCUGUACAUUAUGCAGCUUUUCAUGGGCGGCUUGGCUGUUUGCAACUCCUUGUUAAAUGGGGUUGUGGUGUAGAAGACGUUGACUACAAUGGAAACCUUCCAGUUCAUUUAGCAGCCAUGGAAGGCCACCUUCACUGUUUUAAAUUCCUACUCAGCAGAAUGAGCAGUGUAACACAAGCGUUAAAAGCCUUCAAUGAUAAUGGAGAAAAUGUAUUGGACCUGGCCCAGAGGUUCUUUAAACAGAACAUCUUACAGUUUAUCCAGGGGGCUGAAUAUGAAGGAAAUGAUCCAGAAGAUCCAGAAACUUUAGCAUUUCCAGGUCACGUGGCUGCCUUUAAGGGUGAUUUGGAAAUACUGAAGAAAUUAGUAGAAGAUGGAGUAAUCAAUAUUAAUGAACGUGACAAUAAUGGAUCUACUCCUAUGCACAAAGCUGCUGGACAAGGACACAUAGAGUGUUUGCAGUGGUUAAUUAAAAUGGGAGCAGACAGUAAUAUUACCAGCAAAGCAGGAGAGAAACCCAGUGAUGUGGCUAAAAGGUUUGCCCAUUUGGCAGCAGUAAAGCUACUAGAGGGGCUACAGAAAUAUGAUAUAGAUGAUGAGAGUGAAAUUGAUGAAAAUAAUAUGAAGUUUUUCAUAAGACAUGGUGUUGAGGGGAGCACUGAUGCCAAGGACGAUUUAUGUCAGAGUGAGUCAGAUAAAGCAGAUGCCCGAAUGAGAGCUUAUAAGAAAAUUGUGGAAUUGAGACACCUUCUGGAAAUUGCCGAGAGCAACUAUAAACACUUGGGAGGAAUAACAGAGGAAGAUUUAAAGCAGAGGAAAGAACAGCUCGAGUCUGAAAAGACCAUCAAAGAGCUGCAGGGCCAGCUGGACUAUGAACGACUGCGUAGAGAAAAAUUGGAAUGUCAGCUGGAUGAGUGUCGAGUGGAGGUGGAUCAACUCAGGGAGACACUGGAGAAAAAUCAGGUCCCCAACUUCGUGGCUAUGGAUGAUGACUCUUCUUGUGAAUCAAGCAAAGAGAAGGGGAGAGUGAAGAAAAAGAUGUCUUCUAGGGGAAUGUUUGUGAGAAGGUUCAUUCAUGUUGUAGCAUGUUUUAGGACUUCAUUUCUCUUUAUGGCUGAGAAUUAUUCCAUUGUAUGUAUAUACCACAUUUUAUUUAUCCAUUCAUCUGUUGAAGGACAUUUUGGUUGUUUCCACCUUUUGGCUAUUGUGAAUAGCACUGCUGUGAACGCUGGUGUACAUAUAUCUGUUUGUGUGACUGCUUUCAAGUCUCCUGGGUGUAUACCUAGGAGUGGAAUUACUAGAUCCUAUGGUAGUUUUAUGAUCAGCUUUUUUAGGAACCUCCGAACUAUUUUCCACAGCACCUGUAUCAUUUUGCAUUCCCACCAGCAAUGGAUGAGGGUUCCAGUUUCUCCACAUGCUCACCAGUGUUGGUUGUUUUGUUUUUUUUCUUUAUCUUAGCCAUUCUGGUGAGGGUGAAGUGGUAUCUCACUGUGGUUUUUAUUUGUUGUUGUUAGUUACUGUCGAGUUGAUUUCAACUUAUAGUGACCCCAUGAGUAGAGAGUAGAACUGCUCUAUAGGGUUUUCCAGGCUGUGACCUUUUGGAAGCAGAUUAUCAGGGCUGUCUUCUGAGGUACCUCUGGAUAGUUUUGAACUGCCAAUCUUUCCAGUAGUAGUGGAACAUUUAACCACUUGUGCCACUUAGGGACUCAUGGUUUUGAGUCAUAUCUCCCUAUGGGUGGGAGAAGGAGCCCUGGUGGUGCAGUAGUUAAGUGCUUGGCUGCUAAUUGAAAGGUUGGCGGUUCUAAUCCACCAGCGCUUCCAGGGAAGGCAGAUGUGGCAGUCUGCUUUGGUGAAGAUUAUAGCCUUGGAAACCCUAUGGGGCAGUUCUCUGUCCUGUAGGUUGUUAUAAGUUGGAAUCAACUCAACGGCAACUGGUUUUUUUUUUUUAUGGAUGGGGGCCUUGAAAAAUCUAUGGAACAGUUCAAUUCUGCAUACGCACAGUCACCAUUAGUUGGAAUUGACUUGACUGCAACCAACAACAAAAUCGGUUAAUGUCCCAGGGUGGUGCAAAUGGUUAAGCACCAGGGUACUAACCGAAAAGCUGGCUGUUUGAACCUACCCAGGGGCACUUCCAGAGAAAGGCCUGAUGAUCUGCUUCCAAAAGGUCACAAUCCUGAGAAUCCUCUGGAGUGCAGUCUACUCUUACACACAUGGGGUCACCAUGAAUUAGAAUUGACUUGAUGGCAACUGGUUUUUUUUUGGGGGGGGGGAGGGUUAAUGGCUAAUAUUGUUGACCAUGUUUUCAUGUGCUUAUUGGCCAUUUAUAUAUCUUCUUUAGUAAAUGUCUAUUCAAAUCCUUUGCCCAUUUUUUGAUUGGGCUGUCUUUUAAGUUGUAGGAGUUCUUUCUAUAUUUUGGAUAUUAAACCCUUAACUGCUAUAUGGUUCCCAAAAUUUUUCUCCCAAUCUGUAGAUGUCUCUUUACUGUGUUGUUAAAGUCCUUUGUUGAACAGAAGUUUUUAAUUUCACAGUUUAUUCAUUUUUAAGUGUACGAUUCAGUGACCUUAAUCCCAUUCACCAUGUUGUGCAGUUGUUACCAGUAUCUAUUUCAUCACCCCAAACGGAAACUCAGGACCCCUCAAGCAAUAACUCCCCAUUACCCUCUCUUUCCAGCCCCUGAUAAAAUCACCAAUAAACUUUUGUCUCUAUGGAUAUUUCAUAUUAGUGGGAUCAAAAAAUACUUGUCCUUUGUGUCUGACUUAUACGUAUUAUCUCUUAAUUCUCACAGCAGCUGUAUGAGGUAGGUAUAUUUUAUAGAUGAGUGAUUAAGUAAUUUGCCCAGAUCAAUGAGCAAGGCAGAGCCAGGAUUCUAACCUUGGAAGGAAAAGGUCAGCGUCUACAUUCUUAACCACUACUCAAAUUCCUAAAUUCAACAUUUCCCUCACUUUCUGGGGCUAGAAACAGGCUUACUUUUUCCAUCCAACCUGAUGACUCUAAAAUUAAUCCCAACCCUGGAAAUAGUUCUUUAUAUUUGGCUCCUGUUUUCUCAAGACCAUGGAUCUAGUUUCUGUACAACUGAGGUGGGAAAUACUGGAAGGGCAUUGUAACAGAAGCUCAAAGAAGAGUCUUAAAAAGAGAACAAAGAAGUCAAAGUUGUAAUGUAGUGGUCUCUAAACUGAUUUGAUUACAUAUCCCUAACAGUGAAAAAAAAAAAAAAAUUAAGCAUGCACCCCUGUGGCAGAGAUUGCUUAGUGUACCCCAUUAUCGGUUCUUCUCUCCUCUAGUAAUAGGAUUUACCAGCACUUGAGGUAAAGGAUAAAAGGGUAAGACUAACUUCCCAGCUUUCCUUGCAGCUAAGAUACUAAGUUGCGGCCAACAGGAUGUGAGCAAAAAUGGUAUGUACAACUUUAAGGUCAUGCCUCUGAAGGGGAAGAGCUUGCCCACUGGAAUGUGGAUGUGGUGGUGAGUCACUGGACCCUGUGAAUGAGGGCAACACCGGGGAUGGUAGCACAAUAUGAUAAAAAGGAGCUUGGGUCCUGACACCAUAGAGCUGACAUAUUAGCCCUGGAAUGCUUACACUUGGACUGUAUGGACAUGUUAUCAGGAGGGACCAGUCCCUGGAGAAGGACAUGAUGCUUGGUAGAGGAUCAGCAAACAAAGAGGAAGACACUUAAUGAGAUGGACUGACAAAGCGGCUGCAAGAAUGGGCGCAGACAAUCGUGAGAACGGUGCAGGACAAGGCAGUGUUUCGUUCUAUUGUAUACAGGGUCACUAUGAGUUGGAACCGAUUUGACGGCACCUGACAACAACGAAAGUAUUGUGCACAACAUACCCUAUCCUCAGUACUUCUAGAUCCUGUACCUUUUCUACUGAGGUUUCAUUUUGAUGGUUGUUUUGUAGUUCAGAUAGAUUUUGGGUAAGGGGAUGGAAAUACCUGAAAUGAACGAGGGUGAGAGGAUUGUGCCCACGUACUUCAAAAGUACAUCUUUCUUCCAGCACUUGCACCCCACUAUAAAAGAGCUAUUGUUGUAUAUAUGUUUCCUAUUGAUGUCGAAUCGAUUCCAACUCAUAGUGACCCUAUAGGACAGAGUAGAACAGCCCCGUAGAAUUUCCCAGGAACACCUAGUGGAUUUGAACUGCCAACAUUUUGGUUAGCAGCCAUAUCUCUUAACCACUAUGCCACCAGGGUUUCUGUUUCCUAUACUAAGGCAGUUAUUCUCAGUCUUGUUAUAAAAGCUAAAUUUAAAUCUAAUACAAUUCCCAAUUUAUCUGUAACUUAUCUAUAAAUCUCAUACAAGUUUUAUCAUGUUAUGUUAGUGAAACAAUAGAAAUGAAAAGGAUGUAAAGAGAGAAUUCUAUUUUGUUUCCAUGCCUGAGCAGUACCUUCUGAGAUGGAAUGCCUCAACUUGGAAACUACUAGUGUACUUAGUAAGAAUAUGAGAUUUAGAAUUAAAGUCUGUGUGCCUUGUUUGUUGCACGACCUUGAUCAAGUUAGUUAACUCCACUAAGCUUGUUUCUUUAGCUGUGAAAUAAGGAUAAAACCACCUAAGAGGAUUGCUGGGAGUAUUCGCUGUUAUGCAGUCAGUGGUACCCAGUAUUCCACAAAAUGGCAGUCACUAGUUUCAGUGUUGGUGACCAUAACCUUUUCCACUGUGGUUUUUUUCUUUAUAUUAAAAAAUUCUUUAAAACUUAUAAAAUGUUAUGUAUCCAAACUCUUUAAUUUUGACAAGAGGGCAUCAUGUGUUGAAUUGCUUUUCAAAUAUGGUGCAGGGAUUUAACUAGCUCUUGCCUGGUCCACUUUGUCAUCAAACAGUAUGAAAGGGCAGGUUAGGCUCUAGUCUGUGGCCGUAGAACAGGUGAAGGUGGCUAAUCCUCUUAGAGGCUUUCCACCACCUACAGAAAAUGUCAAAAAGGUUUAGUGUUCUCAGAAACUCAGUGUAAAUGAUGUUCUCAGUGUACCCAUAAUCAAAUAUUAAAAAUACUAAAAAGGUUGGGUUAAUGCCAAUCAAGAUUUAUUCAUAUUGUUUAUUCUACAGGCGUUUAACAAGUACCUUAUAUGAGUUAGCCCUGUGCCUACAGGUUCAAAGAUAAGUACGAUGUACCCUUCUGAGAGCUUACAGUUUAGUAUAGGAAAGAAAUAUAUACAACAAUAUAGCUGUUUGGUAGCAGGGUGCAAGUGUUAGAUCAGGGAUGUAGUUGUGUGGUACACAAGGGCACAAACCUCUCAUCUUCCUUCAUUUUGGGUAUUUCCAUCCCCUUAACAAAAAUCUAUCUGAGCUACAAAGCUAUGAUCAAAAUGAAGUCUCACUGGAAAAGAUACAGGAUUUAGAAAUAAUGGGCAUAGGUUAUGUUGUGUAUGAUCUUUUUGUUAUUGUUGUUAGGAGCUGUCAAGUCGGUUCUGACUCAUAGUGACCCUACGUACAAAAGAACGAAACACUGCCUGGUCCUGCACCAUCCUAUCGUUGGUGUUUGAGGCUGCUGUGGCAGCCACUGUGUCAGUCCAUCUCAUCGAAGGUCUUCCUCUUUUUUGCUGACCCUCUACCAAGCAUGUCCUUCUCCAGAAACUGGUCCCUCCUGAUAACAUGUCCAAAGUAUGUGAGAAGUCGUCUUGCCAUCCUCACUUCUAAGGAGCAUUCUGGUUGUAGUUCUUCCAACACAGAUUUGUUCGUUCUUCUGGCAGUCCAUGGUAUAUUCAAUAUUCUUCACCAACAUCAUAAUUCAAAGGCAUCAAUUCUUGAGUCUUCCUUAUUCAUUGUUCAGGUUUUUCACACGCAUAUGAGGUGACUGAAUAUACCAUGGCUUGGGUCUGAUGCACCUUAGUUCUCAAAGUAACAUCUUUGUUUUUAAUACUUUAAAGAGGUCUUUUGCAGCAGAUUUGGCCACUGCAAUGCAUCUUUUGAUUUCUUGACUGCUGCUUCUACGGGCGUUGACUGUGUAUCCAAGUAAAUGAAAUCUUUGACAACUAAAGUCUUUUCUCCAUUUAUCAUGAUGCUGCUUUUUGGUCCAGUUGGGAGGAUUUUUGUUUUAUGUUGAAGUGUAAUCCAUACUGAAGGCUGUAGUCUUUGAUCUUUAUCAGUAAGUGUUUCAAUUCCUCUUUGCUUUCGGCAAGCAAGAC